GGUCACGCUGUUUAGCAGUCGAAAACACUACGUGAAAACGGUUCGUCAUAGAAUUUGGGAUUCCUUUGUCAUUAAAAAUAUUGUCGAAAUAAUAAAAGUACGGCUUAAAUUAAAUCAAAGAAUUAAGUUAAAUCGAAUAAGUAGCAAACUAGAAAGCAGGCUACAAAGACAUCAUCCUCAUCAUGGCUGUUAAUGUAUACUCCACAAAUGUGACGUCAGAGAAUUUGUCACGUCAUGACAUGUUGGCUUGGGUUAACGAUUGCCUGCAAUCGCAAUUCACCAAAAUUGAGGAACUAUGCACGGGUGCCGCUUACUGUCAGUUCAUGGACAUGUUGUUCCCAAAUUCAGUGCCCGUCAAGCGUGUCAAAUUCCGUACGAAUCUGGAGCAUGAAUACAUACAGAACUUUAAGAUCUUGCAGGCGGGCUUCAAAAAGAUGUCGGUCGAUAAGAUAAUUCCCGUUGACAAGCUUAUUAAGGGACGUUUCCAAGACAAUUUUGAGUUUCUGCAAUGGUUCAAGAAGUUUUUCGAUGCCAAUUAUGAUGGACGCGAUUAUGAUCCAUUGUCGCAACGCGGUGGCAUCAAGCUGGGCUCUGCUUGUGGCGGCAGUGGCAGUCAUGCUGGCAGCGGCGGCGGCAGUAGCAACAAUGAUCUUCAUCUGAUGCAUCGUCGUCCCCAGCACAGCACACUUCAGCAACAUCAUCAUCCACAGCAGCAGCAGCAGCCGCAUCAUAAUGGACGAAAUGCAGCAACAUUGCGCAACCAUCAGAUCGGUAUGGGAUCGUCGAAGAAUAAUAUUACAAAAGCAUUUGAAUUUGUUGGUGAUGAGAACGAAGCUGGUGACGGUGAUAGUCGCUCAGUCUCUAAGGUGCCGCCACGCACAACCAAUUCAACGCCGCCAAAUCGAUUGGUAGCUGGUAAUACGGGCGCAGUGAAGAAGAACGAUGCAGCCGGCGCGGCAUCCAAUCAUCAGAUCGAGGAGCUGUCAAAUCAGGUGCGUCCAGAGGUCAUGGAUAUGCGUUUGAAUUUGGAGGGUUUGGAAAAGGAACGCGAUUUCUACUUCUCUAAGCUGCGCGACAUUGAAAUUCUUUGCCAGGAAGCGGAUGAUGCUGAUCCAGCUCAGUUGAUUCAAAAGAUUUUGGACAUACUCUAUGCAACUGAGGAUGGCUUUGCGCCACCAGACGAUGCACCACCAGAGGACGAAGAGUACUAAAGGGGCGCAGCAGCAACAGCAGAAGCGACAGCAACAGCCAACAGCGACAACAUCCAGCCAAGAGCAACUGUUUGCUGCAUACUACACACAUAUUCAAAACAAACACAAAAAGAAGCAACGGAUUACAUUUAAGUCAAAAAUCUACACUAAACAAUACUACUACAGAAGCAACAACUACAACAAGGAACCAAUUAACCAACGAACAGUUAUAAUACACAACACAAUAGGAGGAGGGUUUGGGAUAUACCAUAUACAUAUAGAUUCCUACACGUUAUUAAUGAAACCAACAGCAGCAGCAGCAUAUACAUUCAUAUGUACAUUAGUUGGCAGCAGAUUGUAACAAAGAAAAAACAAAACACAACACAACAAAUCGCAUCAAUAUUCGGGUCUAAAACACAAUAUCAAAAUCUAUCAAAAUUUCUAUUUAACUUUCAUGUGUUUACCGCAAGUAAGAUAUCUAAAUGGCAAACAACAGCAUCUGAUUGAACAUGAAAUAAUUGUAUUACACAUUUUAGUUAACAUAAAAUGCGAUAAAACUGCUCAAUUUUCGUUUUCAAAGACCAAAAGCUGUGUGUGUUAUGUUGUGUGCUCCCUGUAAUUAUAAUACAAUAUUCACAAGUAAUAAGCACAGACGAUUAAUGUCUUUAGAAAUUCAUGUUCAUUCGCUUGCUGUUUUUGCUGUUUAGUUCGAAAGACAAAAGGUAAAAUUUUCAUAAUUUUCUUUUUGACAUUUUGUAUCUAAAUUCAUUUGUUGUGUGGGUAAACGUAAUAAAAAGAAAGCAAACAAGAACACAAAUGCUAGUACUCUGAGAGAGAAAUUGUUUAUAUGAUGAGACGUUUAUAAAUUAGUUUAUCCCUGUAUCGUAUAUUGUACGAUUGAUGUAGAAAAGCAAACACAAAAAAAUAUGAAUUUAAUAAUUUUAAAUAACAAUUCAAUCCUCGUAAUCGUUUUGAGUGUUGUUAUAUGUGGUAAACAGUCCCGAAAGUUGUGUACACAUUGUGAAGUACUCGUAGUGAUGAUGCAUGGGGAAUGCUGAGAUGAGAUAGGAUCGGAUGAGAUAUGAUAUAAUAUGGCAUUUGCAUUCAUAAUAUAAUAAUACUAUUUGAUUUCUUUUGAAUUUCUUUCAAUUUCAUUAACAAAAAGCAAACAAAACAAAUGCAAACGAGCAUUAUAUUAUGAAGAUAGUAGUAUUUAAGCCAUUUUUGCUCUCAAUUCUUUUUAGUUCUAUAUUUAUGUGUAAAAAAAAACAAUCUGAACGUUAAAAAAUUUAAAUAAAAACAAACGCAACUUUCUAAUUUCUAAACCAA